AAUAAGUGAAAGUGUAGCCCCGCCCCCGUGACGUCACGCUGCUCACCAGCGGAUGUGAUGGCGACCAGCUCAGGUUCAGUCUCAGGUCUAAACUCGGGUACCACCGGCUGGUCUAUCUAGACCAGCUCAUCGACCAGGGGGGUACAUGUCGUCCGAGCCGAGCGGAACCAUGCGGACGAGGAGACCCGAGGUGGGCGAGCAGCUUUAGCUUAAGCAUUAGCAUUAGCCCGUGGGAAGCUAGCGAACCCAACGCUACGGGGGCUACCUGCAGGAUGGAGGCGGCGGGGAAGUGGAGUAAAAACGUGAAGUUGGAGACCAAGCCGUUCCUCAAGCACCAUGGCCGAGUUGCCGUCGCCAAGAACCUCUCAGACCUCCUCAGGACCUCCUGGAGCCUGCAGAUCCCCUCCCAAUGUGCUGGUUCUUGCCCGGACCUGAUGAUGAGCAGGACUGAGCCGGCUGACCCGGGCCCCGUUGCCAUGGCGCUGACCCCGCAGCUGCCCCCCCGGGCCCCACGGCCCCCCCGCCCCCACCGGCCCCUCUGCCUGUCAGUCUCUUCCGACAGCAGCGGAAGGUUCCGGGCCCUGGAUUCCCUGGAGUGGAGGAACAACCUGAAGGCCCAGAUGGAGCAGGCCCACAGUGUGGGCGCGGCCAGCAGCACGGGGUCCCUGGAGCGGGCGUCCCUGUUCUGUGCGGCGGGGGGGUCGGCGGGGGGCUCCAGCCCCGUGGAGGUCCUCCAGAGGACCAAGUCCUCGGGCCGCUUCUCCCUCUUCUCCCCGCCGUGGAACAGCAGCUCAGAGUCGGACUCCAACCCCCCGUCCCGCACCGGCUCCACCAAGCUUCGCAACUACAGCCGGCGGGCCGCCACGGGCCCCGCGGGCGCCGGCCGGGCCCCCGACCCCGCCCCGGGGCCCCCGUCCCCCCGGGCCUCCCCGGGGGAGCAGGUCCAGUACUCGGAGCCGGUCAUCUCCAAGGUGACGGACUACAUCUUCGUGGGGAACCUGAACGCGGCGUACAGCGGGCGCGCGCUCUGCAGGAACAACAUCGACAGCGUGAUCGACACCAGCGGCAGCCCCGCCCUCAGCCUGAUCCCCUGCACCUGCUCGCGGCGCGCACGCCACUCCUGGUCCCGCCUCAAGGUGGACAUGGAGCUGGCACCGGGCGACGCCCCCACGCUGCAGCAGCGCUGCUUCCAGGACAUCAACGGGUGCAUGGAGGCGUCGGCGGAGAGGAAGAAGCGGGUGCUGGUGCACUGCGGGGACGGCUCGUCGCUGGCGCCCACCGUGGUCAUCCAGUACCUGAUGGUGAAGCACCACAUGCGGCUGCUGCCCGCCUACGAGCUGCUGCGCUCGCGACACCCCCUCAACAUCAGGGAGCGUCACCAGGACGUGCUGGUGGCCCUGGAGCGCACCCUGCACCCGGGGGGGGGCAUGGCCCCCGAGGGCUUCAAACAGGCCCUCUCCCGGAGGCUGGCCUGGACCUGACUCCUCCUGGCUCCUCCUGGUUCCUCCUGGUUCUCCUCCUACUAACCAGGAGGAGGCCUCCUGUCUGACCCGCCACGGUCGGGCCGGUGUACGGGCAGCGUGGGUGUUUGUGCUUGCGUACGGUGAUCGUUGUUGUGAAGUGUUAUCUGCAACAUGUCCCUCCUCCUGCUCCUCCUGCUCCUCCCCGGGGGAGAGGACAUGCAGUAGGCUUGAUGUGGAGGCUGUCUCCGGCUCUGUGGUAAACAUGUCUUUGGCGUGACGUGCUCGGUGUUUAAUAUCAGUGGAACUCAGGAGACUGUUGAUGUCACUCCAGGGUGGGAGACUCUGAAGGACCCCAGUGGCCGCCCACCGCGGGGCCCGAUCACAAAGAAACAAACGUAAGGACGUGAACUGCUCUUCCAGAGAAGAGAAUCCUUCUUCUUCCAGAAACACAUCGGUGUGAACGCUGUUGUUCUCUUUGGUGUGGACUCUUCGUCUUUAACUCGUCUCGCAACUAUUUAUGAACUCUGACAGCCAUCUAUUGCAAGAACGAAGUUUGCACAAGCAUAGCUUUUAAAUGCCUCACCCCAGCUAGGCUCACCCAUGGGCUGGGGCGAGGAAGAUGAAGGUGAGGAAGGAGCACAUCGCUAGGCUUCAGGGAUUCUGCUCAAAGAUGAGUUGCAGAAAUGUCCAAAUGCACACGCUCUAGUUGUUCUGUUGUACUAUAUCCCCCUUAAUGAUGGUCCAAACCAGAUGGCCAACCUGGGUACCCUGGAUUGGGUCAUCCCAGAUUGAUUGAUGAUGUCUUGAGGCUGGUAGAUGAGUUACUCUAGUGUGCGUAGGCAGUCCUGGUCGGAUGGGCCUUGAGCCCUCAACCUCAUCCAAAACCCCAAGUUAUCAAUUCUACCUUGGUAGAUUAUAAUAGGAUUUAAAGUAGAACACUAUUGGCCUUUUGAAUCAGGUGUAGGAUCCCCUAACCCUAAGUCAGUGGUUCAGUGGACAUUGAUUUUCUAAUGUGGUCUCUGACUGUGGGGAAUGUGUGUUGUCUAAAACCUGUAACCUGAAAGUUGUCUCAAUGCUACGCAUAUCUAUAGGGACUGGAGGGAGUAGGGACAUAGGAGGGAGUGUGUGAGGACUCAGUGGGGACCUAGCUGUGACAUAGGAGGGAUUGUGUGAGGACUCGGUGGGGACCUAGCUGGGACAUAGGAGGGAGUGUGUGAGGACUCAGUGGGGACCUAGCUGUGACAUAGGAGGGAGUGUGUGAGGACUCAGUGGGGACCUAGCUGUGACAUAGGAGGGAGUGUGUGAGGACUCAGUGGGGACCUAGCUGGGACAUAGGAGGGAGUGUGUGAGGACUCAGUAGACUUGGUGGAAGUGUAAGGACUAAGUUGGGACUUAGUGAGGGCUUGGUGGGAGUGUUAGUGGGGUUAGCCCUCACCCAGUGGGGGACUGUAUGAUGAGGUAGUGUUAGUGGGGACCCAUUUGGGACUGUAUGAUGAGGUAGUGCUAGGACGUGGUGGUCUCCAGUGGCUCCCGGAGCCAGCUGUACGGUGCCUUGAGGUGGAGAAGUACCCGGACGUGAGGUGAUAUUUGCACACUGUAUGCAUUUCAUGGGCAUUGACUUUGAUAUUUUCCACUAUUUGUGUAAAUGUUUCCUAUUGACUUGUAAUGAAGUGAUUCUUGCAGCUUUUCAGUUUGGUGCUUUGGUGGUUGAUUUGAUUUCAUGUGUUCUCGUGGUUCUGCUGUUGCUCUCGAUGGCUGCUUGUUGUUGUAGUGAACACAUGAUAAUUUCUAGCAGGUCUCUCAGGUGAACUCAUAGUGGCCGAAUGUUUCCACGAAUGCCAUGUGACCAUGUGAAGUGUUUUCUAGUCACCCUGCAGACGUACUGUGAAACUAGUGGAUGACUGUUUUGUUUACUCCAAUGUUUUGUUAACUAUUACUAAUUGAAAAACGAUAUAAAAUGAAGUGAGAAACGUG